AUGAGAGUGUGGCAUCACAGCGCCAGCAUGCGUAGUGUCAGAACGCUUGUGUGCAAGCACGUCGUCAGAGCCCCGGCAUGCGUGCGCGGCGUCACAGCGCCAGCGUGCGUGGCUUCAGAGCGCUGGCGUGUGAGCGCGCCGUCCCGGCGCAGCAGGUGUGCGUGGCGUCAGAGCGCCGGCAUGAGAGUGUGGCAUCACAGCGCCAGCUUGCGUAGUGUCAGAACGCUUGUGUGCAAGCACGUCGUCAGAGCCCCGGCAUGCGUGCGCGGCGUCACAGCGCCAGCGUGCGUGGCUUCCGAGCACAGGCGUGUGAGCGCGCCGUCCCGGCGCAGCAGGUGUGCGUGGCGUCAGAGCGCCGGCAUGAGAGUGUGGCAUCACAGCGCCAGCAUGCGUAGUGUCAGAACGCUUGUGUGCAAGCACGUCGUCAGAGCCCCGGCAUGCGUGCGCGGCGUCACAGCGCCAGCGUGCGUGGCUUCAGAGCGCUGGCGUGUGAGUGUGCCGUCACAGCGUGGCGUGCGUGUAUGGCAUCAGAGUGCCAGCGUGCGAGUGUGGGGUCAGAGCACCGGAGUGACCUCGCGCGGCGCCGUCUUCCCCUUCCCGGUGCGCCCGCGCCCCCCGGCGGCCCCGGGGCUCCUUCUCCUCGGCCGCCUGUGCCCGGCGGUCUCCGGGGGCUGCGCGCCGAGGGCGGGCGGACUCGGUUCCCCGCGCAGCCCCGUCGGAGAGGCCGCGUGGCGGGGACCGCGGUCCAGGCGUUCUCGGCGACCGGCGCCGCCUCCCACCGCAGCCGCCCGAGUGCGCGGCGGGUCCCGCGGGGCCGGGGGGGACCCUCGGGGUCGGGGUGCGGCCGUUUCCCGCGUCUCCGCCCGCCGGGCCCCGGGGCAGGGGACGCGCUCCCGGCGCACUGGGCGGCGGCCUCCCCGCCGGGCCGCGCGGGGUCGGGCUGUGCGGAGCGCGGGGUCCGAGUCCUCCCGGCCUGCGGCGCCCCGUCCGCGCGCGGCACACGCGGGGUCCGAGCGCUCCCCGCCCGCGGCGCCGCCUCCCCCGCGCCCGCCCCGCCCCAGCCCGGGCUCCCGCCGGGCCCCGGCCGUUCCGCGCCGUCCGGGCUGCUCGGCCGCGCGGACUCGGCCCCUCGGCGGCUUCGGAGCUUCACCUGGCGGCCGCGCGGGCCGUGUCGCCGCCGGGCUGGAGGGACGCCGCGGGGCUCCGCCGUCCCCGGCCGGCCUCGGGUGUCCGCGCCCGCCCCGCGGAGGCCGUUUCCGGGACGGGGAGGCUGACGGUCGCCGUCCCGAGUGCGGAGGCUCCGCGGACCGGCGGGGGGACUCGGCCUUGUCCCGGGCCCUUCUCACCCUGAGCUGUCCCGUGUGCGACAUAGAAGCGCCAUCUUUCCCCUUUUGUGACUUGGAAGCUUUGGAGGAUCAAGUGAGUCUAAGGGAAACUGCUGGCUUCCAUCAAGACCUGGUUCCACCACAGAGCAGGAGAAAGAGGCAGGGACGCAGGGGACCCCCCACCUCCAGCCUCUGCAGGCGCCAGAUGCCACUGUUCUUCAGGAAGCCAGAUGAUAAUAACCACCCUUUCCUGCUAAGUUGUCUUGAAAACCCUUAGGUAGAAAAAGUCCUCAAAAUGUGUCGGCUUAAUUAGACGUACAGCGUCUCAGGUCUCAAAGGGAAAAAUGCAUUCUCUUUCUUCCACGGGCUGGUUUUGCUGCUGGUGGCACUGCUGAAUGGAACCAGAACAAACCAACUUCAAAGUGAAUUCCCUUUUGUCUGAGGCCAGCUGCUGUACCAGGUCCGUCUGGGAUCCUGUGUGUAAACAGCACACCUGGCCUCCCCAAACGGUUCCCAUGCAUGCUUCCAAAAGAGAAAUAACUAAUUCUCAAUGAUACCAUGACAGGAUACUUGAAACUAAUUUUUCUGAAUUGUAGAUUUGACAACAGAUUCCACCUAAACCAUCAAUUACGGUUUCUUUCUAAUACCUUCAGAUUCCAUCUAAAACAUAAACAGGAGGAGGUACAAAACUGGUAAGUGGAGGUAUGCUGUGUGUUCACAUGACUGGAUCUGAAAUGUCACCUCACAUCAUUCCAAAGCAGCCUCUGAGCAGGGCCCUCAGCCACAGCUAUCAAUCCACGGCCAUAACAGAAAUCAGCCUCAUGGAGAAAUCGUCAAGACAGAAGCACGAGAACCCAGAACAGCCCUCAUCCUCUGUCCAGCGAUUCUCCGCCUUCAGGACGGGAGCGUGAGAACCCAGAACAGCCCUCAUCCUCUGUCCAGCGAUUCUCCACCUUCAGGAUGAGAGCGUGAGAACCCAGAACAGCCCUCAUCCUCUGUCCAGCGAUUCUCCACCUUCAGGAUGAGAGCGUGAGAACCCAGAACAGCCCUCAUCCUCUGUCCAGACAUUCUCCACCUUCAGGAUGGGAGCGUGAGAACCCAGAACAGCCCUCAUCCUCUGUCCAGCGAUUCUCCACCUUCAGGGUGGGAACGUGAGAACCCAGAACAGCCUGCCUUCAUCUUCUGUCCAGUGAGAGAGCUGGCACCUUGUCCUGAUUUGCUUUUAAAUCCUUCCAGCAGGAAGGCUGUAAUUUAUAGUGUUAGUGAAAAGCCACAAAUAUGAUUUAAACUACACAUGAUUCUGUGCUUUUCCUAAAGGACCACAGGUUAGGCAUCACCUUUUUAUCUGAGUUGAGCGGCAACGGAGAUUGAGAUGCAGUCGGAAGGACGCAAAGCGGUUUACCGGAGACUCUGCCUGAGGCCGAGCAGGGCUGCCAUCAGGCCUUGCUCACCAGAAAAAUGGGUUAUUAUCAUAAUUAUCCUGUAUACCACACGGUGAUUAAUACAGCUCUCUUCCUCUUUUCAAAACUGCAUAAUAAAAUCAGCUUUAGUCACUACUGA